AUGUCAAUCUCCCUGGGCGCAUGCGCGAGCUCGGGCGCGGCGGACGCGACCGUGGCCGCGGCUCUGCAGUUCUUUGCGGCCGCGCAGUGUCUGCUCAACGAGCCCUACCCCAGGCAGGCUGAUGUUACUGACGGGGCGCACUUCGACUUCAUCGUGGUGGGCGGCGGCAGCGCGGGCGCAGCGCUGGCGGCGCGCCUGGCCGAGCUGCCGCACUACGACGUGCUGCUGCUCGAGGCCGGGCCCGACCCUCCACACGAGAGCAUCGUCCCAGGGCUCAGAGAAUCCCUCAAAGGAUCGCGUUACGACUGGAACUUCACGACCGUGGACGACGGCUACUCGAGCCAGGAGCUAGAGGGGCAUCACCAGAAGCAGCCGCGCGGGCGCAUGCUGGGCGGCAGCGGCUCGCUCAACGACAUGGUGUACGCGCGCGGGCACCCCGUGGACUACGAGGAGUGGGCGCGCGCCGCCGGCAGCACCUGGAACUGGACCAACGUGCUGCCCUACUUCAUGCGCACCGAGCGCAUGACGGACGCGCGCAUCGUCAACAACACCGAGCUCAUGAAGUUCCACGGCACGCGCGGCGAGAUCGAGGUGUCCGGUGCCGCCGCCACCGACGCGCCCAACACCAAGCUGCUCAACGCCUUCCGGGAGCUGGGCUUCAAGUUAGUCGACGACAUGACCUACCCUUACAGCAUAGGAGCCGGCAGGUUUUCGCACACCAUCAGGAGUGGACGGAGGGACAGCUCGCUUACUGCUCUACUGAAUAAAGUUCACAACAACAAUCUUCACGUGCUUAAAAACACGUUAGUGACGAAAAUCUUGAUCGAAAACAACACUGCUGUUGGUGUGCAAGCACUGUCUGACGGGAAAGAGUUAUUCUUUUAUGCGGAUAAGGAAGUCAUUCUGUCUGCCGGUACUUUUAACACACCAAAGUUGUUGUUGCUGUCGGGCAUCGGGCCGAAAGAGGUCCUAGCGGAAUUUGAGAUUGAGGCCGUUCAAAAUUUGCCCGUCGGAGAGGGUCUGCAGGACCACGUUAUGGUCAUAAAUUUUUUAGCUGCAGAAAACGGCACAUGCGAGCGCAAUGAGCGCGCCCAGGCUUUCGAUGUCAUCAAAUACCUGUACGACCGCACAGGGUUCUUGUCUUAUUCCGACAGCAUCGGCGUGUACAUGCCGCAGAAUAACAAAGACCCCCACGUGCCGUACUUCGCCAUCUACCCCUCCUGUGUACCGCAGGCGCUUAUCACUCUACAGCAAUGCACAAGUAUACUGGGCUACACGAACGAGACCUGUGUGAAGCUCGUGAAGGAGAACGAGCAGCACGAGAUCAUAGUGCUCCCGGUGGUGUUACUGAAGCCCCGUUCGCGGGGUAAGGUGACCUUGCACUCUACUGACCCCACGCAGAACCCUAAGAUCUGGUCUGGUACGUUCAGUGAUCCAGCAGACCUGGAUGAGUUUCCCGACGCGAUCCAAAUGGCGCUGUCUCUGAUGAACACGACGUACUUCCGCGAGAAGGCAGCGCACGUGGUGGACAUAACCCCGGCCGCGUGCGCGUGCGAGGAGGGCGCGGCGCGGCUGGCGUGCGCGGCGCGGGCGGCGGCGCUGCCGGCGUGGCACGCGGUGGGCACGGCGGCGCUGGGCGCGGUGCUGGACGCGCGGCUGCGCGUGCGCGGGCUGGCGGGGCUGCGCGUGGCGGACGCGAGCGUCAUGCCGGCGGUGGUGCGCGGGAACACCAACGCGCCCGUCGUCAUGCUCGCCGAGAAGGCUGCCGACUUCAUCAAGGAAGAUUACCAGAUCUACGUUUGAUGCGUUCUCAUUUACGCUUUGAUUAUUCUAUCGAGUUGAUUCCAUGCUAAACUCAAUUGAUAUGCGUAGUAGCUUUUAAGUGACUCUGAUUUUUUAUUUUCUUUUUGACAUAAUUAUUUUUGUUUAAUCAAUUUGUGAAUUUAUGUGGUACCUACCUUGCGUGAUUCGACAUGUACUUAAUUUUUUUUUAGGAACUUGUGUUAGAAUAAUCUUUUUAUUUUAGGAUAUGGUUUUCAUGGUUUGACAUUAAGUAUUAAUAGAUUAUAUUCUUAAAAUUUUUGCUACUUGUACCUACAGCUACGAAAUGUACCUGUUCCACACAUUGUAAUUGUGUACCUACUGUAACGUUAGAGUUGUGAACUAUCAGCUUCGCUGUAGAACAAAACUAAUGUUUCCAAUCUUUCGUUACACAGUACAAAUUAAUUCAGAAGGUUGACACAACUUUCUAAAUACCUGCGCCUGAGUGUUGUCUGCACUUAGCGGUAUUUUAAGACCCAGUGACUAGAAAUCUAUACAUGUAAAAGUUUUAAAAACAUUUAAUAAUUCAGCUUGUAUGUGAAUACGUAUGUAACAUGUAAUGUUGUAUUAUGUCCUACCUUGUGGAACUCAACCUUCUGAACAAUGUGUUAUAUUAUGUAUGCUUUUAUUUGAAUAAAUAAACAGUAUCUACUAAAUA